AACAGAAAUUUUUAUAUAAAACAUCUAAAGGAAUAUUUAGAUGGAGUGGUUAUAUCUGAUGAAUUUAUGGAUUUAUUAAAAACACACCCGUGCUAUUUGUCAAAUGUUGGGGUUGGCCAAAAUACUAGACGACUCCGGACAACACGAGGCCGCUGAAAAACUUCGAGGAUAUAAUACACCCAAGAAAAUUACUGAAUUUUUAACCAAGAUAGAACUACCUAUACAAAAAGCUUCAGCAAUGAGGUCAGGUCAGUCCCGUUGGUUUCCCAUGGACGGCAUUCCCAGGGGAAAGGCUUUAAUAUUUGUCAGUAUUGUGGAACUCCUACCGGAAGCCAAUCGAUUCGCCUCCAUAUUCGGACAGUUGUACUUCGAUAAGGCAUACCCCGAUAAUGCCCUCAUUGUCAUGUAUAUUGGACAUGGAUGUGAUGAGAGGAUCUGGAUAUCAAAUGAGGAGCAGAAAAGGAUUUGUGAAAUUACUUUUGAAGCGUUGGAAGAGUUGGGUCAACGGCCUGAGAUACGCCAGUUCAUGAAAAUUGAUAGAGAGAGCAGGAAAUACGUAAUAUUUACCGAGUAUACGAAUCAGCCGGAAAACUGUGACCAUUUGGCCAAGAUACUAGACGAAUCUGGAGAAACUGAGCAAGCUAACAAAUUGAGAGAGUACAACACACCCAAACAUAUUAUCGGAUUAUCACUUAAUGUGGAAAUCACUGUGAAGAAAGCACUCAAUUUAAAAUAUCCUGGAUCCCGCCUGUUUCCCAUGGUGUCAAUCCCGAGGGGAAAGGCUGUAAUAUUCCUCAGCAUUCCUGGAUUCUUAAAUGAGGCAAAUAGGUUUGCCUCCGUAUUCAAACAGUUAUAUUUUGAUGUCGUGGUAUAUUUUAUAUCGUCGUGUGAACCAAUGGUGACCAAUUUGCAAGCACUGGCUCAGCUACCUUACGAGGGUGACGCCUUGAUUGUCAUGUACAUCGGACACGGAGCUGAUGAGAAGAUUUGGAUCAAUAACGGCGAUGAAGUCAAAAUUUUUAAAAUCGUGGACUUAUUUGCGAAGGGAAAGUGUCAUUCCACAUUCGAAAAGGUGCCCAAAAUAUUUGUACUCAAUUGUUGCCGAAAUAGCCAAUUAUCAGGGCCAAAUAAUUAUAAUGCUGGCUUCUCCCCAUUUGGUCUUGCAUUUAGCCAAUGCAUCGCACAUUACGCCUGUGACCUGACUAUACUACAGAUAUUUAACAAGACACAGGACGAAUUGGAAAGAUUGGAUAGAUUGGAACUGCGACCUGAAAUGCGCCUGCAUAUGGUGAACAGGGAAUUAUAUUUUAACCCUGGUCAACCAGAAAAUAAGGAUGACCAAAUACCUGAUGUUCAACAUAUACGAUUAUGA